CAACAAGUACCAAAAGAAACGCGUUGUCGAAACGAAACGGUGUGCCGUGACGGAACUGAAAUAGAUUAUGAACUGAAAAAAAAGAGCGGCAUAAAACUUAUUUGAAGUCCGUCUUCCCUCCCGAAACCCCACCAGACCAGACCACACCAGACUCCCUCUCCUCCAUCAAUCUCCAUUCUCCACCACCCCCAAAUCCCUAAUUUUCCUUAUACCUAAUUUACAAUUUCAAAGAUUUCAACUUUAACCCUAAUUUACCCUUUAUUCCCAAAUUCAAAUCCUCAAUUUCCACGAAAUCAUUCGCUUUUUCUUUUGUUCUGCUUGAUUCGACAAUCCAGAUCGUCUUCUCUGCGCCUCUCUAGGGUUCGAAUUCAAAUCCUCGGAGCUUCUGGUUUUAGCUUUAGCAAAUUUGGGUGGUUUUCACCAGGUUUCUUGGCUCGUUCUAGCUGGUGGAGAAAUUCGCCCAAUUUUUGAAUUUCUGAACGUGGGUUUGCUGUGAAUUUUCGAGGGUUUGCAAUGGAGUACGGGCUUUCCGAUAGCAGUGGUACAGAUGAUGAUCUUCCUCCUUCUCAUCAAAAUAGAUUUCAACGAGCAGGUCGUGCUUCUGGCAAUGGACGAUCUGCACAAGUUGGUUCCGCUCCAUUACCUAAUAGGAUCCAUAAUGACAUGGAAACUCAGAUCCACCUCAUUGAGCAAGAAGCGUAUUGUUCAGUUCUUCGUGCCUUUAAAGCUCAAUCAGAUGCCAUCACUUGGGAUAAGGAAAGUUUAAUUACUGAAUUAAGAAAGGAGUUGAGAGUAUCUGACGAGGAACACAGAGAGCUUCUAUCAAGGGUCAAUGCCGAUGACAUCAUCCGGAGGAUAAGGGAAUGGAGAAAGGUUAGUGGGCUUCAACCGGGCAUGCUCAGUACUCCUCAACCUGUUCAUGACCCGUUACCUAGUCCUACUGUCUCAGCAUCUCGUAAAAAACAGAAACCAUCGCAAUCUGUAGCUUCGAUGUCUAUUGGUGCUCCCUCGCCAGCGCUGCCUCCAUCUAUGCAGCCUUCCUCGUCAGCUAUGAGACAAGGGCCUCCUCCAGGUGCUCGGACCAAAAAACCAAAAUCUUACCCUUCUGCAGGUCUUACCGGAAGAGCUCAAGCCACUAACCGAGGUCCCUCAGGUGGCUUUCCAACAACUGAAGCUGCCGAAGGAGCAGCUGCAUACGAUCCAUUGAUAGGAAGAAAAGUUUGGACAAGGUGGCCUGAAGACAACCACUUCUACGAGGCUGUUAUAACUGACUACAAUGCUCUUGAGGGCCGACAUGCUUUGGUUUAUGAUAUUAGUACCCCAAACGAGACAUGGGAAUGGGUUAAUCUCAAAGAGAUUUCUCCCGAAGAUAUUCGAUGGGAAGGUGAUGAUCCUGGUGUUACUCGUAAAGGUGGUCGCCCUGGACCUGGCCGAGGUAGUAAGAAGUCCAUGACUCGUGGCGGUGCAGUUCCUGGCAUAGGUAGGGGUAGAGGAACUCCAAAGGGUCAACCAAAGAAAGAUUUCCCAUUACAACAGAAUGGCAUUGGGAAGAAGAGUAUGGGUGAUAUUGAAAUACUUCAUACAGACACUUUGAUUAAGGAGGUUGAAAAAGUUUUUGGUGCGAACCAUCCCGACCCGAUGGAAAUCGAAAAGGCGAAGAAAGUCUUGAAAGACCAUGAACAAGCUCUAAUUGAUGCAAUAGCUAAACUUGAAGAUGCAUCUGACGGUGAAAGUGAUGAGAGAGAUCACCAUUUUUCUCAAGGACAAACACUGGAUCACGAACGGGGAUGGAGGAUGGGUGAUGGGCGAGCAAUGGAAGGAUCCAACGGCGAUAAAAUGGCGAGGGAAGGAAGACUCGCAUCAGACAAUCAACGUUACGAGGGCAACAACAUGUAACAUUUUAGGUUCUUGGCUUGGAUUGUGCAAUCCAAUCCAACCAACCAACUAAAAAAUAUUAUGUAUUUGUAAUGUGUCAGAAUGCUAAUUUAGUCACUCAAGAAAGACAACAAGCAGGGUUAUAUCUUCUUUUUCUUUUUUUCUAAAUGUGUUUAGGAAGGAGUAGGUUUUCUCAUUUUGUUGUAACUAGUAAGUUUUUUUUAACUUAAAGCCAAGAGGAAAAUGAUGUGUAAAAAUCCCUUCUUUUUUUUUGUAACAAAUGACAGAAUCUUGUAAAGAUUGCUCUCUCUUAUCUUCUAAUAGUGGUGGUGGUAUUGGUGGUGUUCCUAUGA